GUUUAAUGGUUCAAUAGUAUGAUUCAAUUUUCAUCUUUGAAUUAAAACAUUACUGUCCAUCAUGUUCACAAUAAUGUCAAUGGCUGGGGGAGAGUUGCACCCUUGACUCUGACCCCAUUGCCAUUUUUCCGUUAUUUUUUUCAUUCGUUGAAUUUGAUCGAGUGAUUGGCGAGAUUUUCAUCUUUUGGGCGUUUCUCCCAUUCUCUGAGCACAACAAUUUUAUUUUAUCUGAAUUUUUGCUUCCAGUAUAGUCUAGAUCCCGAUCGGAAACGUUUGAUUUUGCGAACAAGUGGAAAUUCUGUAAUUCGAAGAGUUCUCAUUGCUGGAAUGUGAAUGGCGGUGGGAAUUUUGAAAGUGAAUUUCGUUGUUGAAAAUGUUUCAGGGAAGGGUUUGUGAAUUCAUAGGAAAAUGGGGGUUAUGUCCCGGCGGGUUGUACCCGUCUGUGGUAACCUCUGUGUCUUUUGUCCGUCUCUGCGUGCAAGAUCAAGGCAACCGGUGAAACGUUACAAGAAAUUGAUUGCUGAUAUCUUCCCGCGUAAUCAGGUUCCUGAAGCUAAUGAUAGGAAAAUUGGAAAGCUAUGUGAAUAUGCUUCUAAGAAUCCAUUGAGAAUUCCCAAGAUUACUGACAACUUAGAGCAAAGGUGUUACAAGGAUCUGCGUAAUGAAAGCUUUGGUUCAGCAAAAGUUGUCUUGUGCAUAUACAGGAAAUUGUUAUUGUCAUGUAAGGAGCAGAUGCCACUAUUUGCCAAUAGUUUAUUAGGGAUCAUUCGGACUCUUCUGGAGCAAACACGAGUGGAUGAAAUGAGGAUCUUAGGUUGCAGUACCCUUGUAGAAUUUAUAGAUUGCCAGACAGAUGGUACAUACAUGUUCAGCUUGGAGGGUUUUAUCCCAAAACUAUGUCAAUUGGCUAACGAAGUGGGAGAUAAUGAGCGUGCUCUGCUUCUACGUUCAGCUGGUCUACAGGCUCUAUCUUAUAUGGUGCAGUUCAUGGGCGAGCACUCUCAUCUUUCCAUGGAUUUUGACAAAAUUAUAGCAGUGAUUUUGGAGAAUUUCAUGGAUCGCCAAUCUAAAUUUGACCAUCCCAAGGUAGAGGAACUGAAUUCACAACCCCAGAACCAGUUGGUUCAAGGAUUUUCCGAAGAACAAGUCCAUCUACAUUCUUUACCAGAUAUCACUAAGAAGGAUCCUUCCCUGCUCAAUGUUGUGACAGGAUCUGAGACAGAGUCCAAGUUGGAUUCUGCUAAAGAUCCUACUUAUUGGUCAAAGGUUUGCUUGUAUAAUAUGGCCAAAUUGGCAAAGGAAGCUACAACUGUGAGGCGUGUCCUUGAACCACUUUUUCAUAAUUUUGAUACCGAAAACCACUGGUCUUCUGAAAAGGGAGUUGCCCUUUGUGUUUUGAUGUAUUUGCAAGCUGUUUUAACAGAAUCAGGAGAUAAUUCCCAUCUUUUGUUGUCCAUUUUGGUGAAGCACUUGGAUCAUAAGAAUGUUGCCAAGCGACCUACCCUUCAGAUUGAUAUUAUUAACACCACAACGCAGCUUGGACAAACUGUGAGGCAGAAGGCUUCCAUUGCAAUUGUUGGUGCAAUAUCUGACCUCAUUAAACAUUUAAGGAAAUGCCUGCAAAAUUCUGCUGAAGCAUCCAGCAUUGGAAAUGAUGCAUAUAAGUUAAAUACUGAACUUCAGUCUGCCUUAGAAAUGUGUAUAUCACAACUUUCAAACAAGGUUGGGGAUUUAGGACCCAUUCUUGAUUUGCUGGCUGUGGUGCUAGAGUAUAUCUCGACUACUGCCAUCCUUGCAAGAACAACAAUCUCUGCUGUUUAUAGAACUGCAAAAUUAAUCACUUCCAUCCCUAAUGUGUCAUAUCACAAGAAGGCUUUCCCUGACGCCUUGUUUCAUCAAUUGCUCAUGGCAAUGGCUCAUCCUGAUAGUGAAACGCGAAUUGGAGCACAUAGUGUCUUCUCAAUGGUGCUUAUGCCAUCCAUGUUUUCUCCUAGGUUAGACAACAAAAUUAAGAUUGCUCAGAAGGUACAGAGUGACAGCCUCUCCACUCAGAAUAAAAGUUUUACUGGAGCAGAACACUUGAAUGGGAAACUGGAAGAAGGAAAGGCAAUAGCUGGCAUUAAUGGGAAGAAAUAUGCAAUUCAUCCAUAUCAAGAUUACAGCUUCAUUCCCCAGCUAACUGAUGGAAAAGAUGAUCUAAGUUCUCUUAGGCUGAGCAGUCACCAAGUGAGUCUCUUGCUUUCUUCAAUUUGGGUUCAGGCAACAUCUGGGGACAAUAGCCCUGCAAAUUAUGAGGCAUUGGCGCACACUUAUAGCAUUGCUUUAUUAUUUACUCGUUCUAAGACGUCAAGUUACAUGGCUUUAGUAAGAUGUUUCCAGCUGGCGUUCUCCCUCAGGAGGAUCUCUUUGAACCAAGAAGGAGGCUUACAACCUUCUCACAGGAGGUCCCUUUUUACCUUGGCUUCAUACAUGCUUAUAUUCUCUGCCAGGGCAGGCAAUUUCCCUGAUCUAAUUCCAAAAGUUAAAGCAUCCUUGACAGAGACAACAGUAGAUCCUUUUCUUGAAGUGGUUGAUGAUGUCCAGCUGCGGGCUGUUUGUGUAGAAUCAGAGAAGAUAAUUUAUGGAUCUCAAGAGGAUGAGGUUGCUGCUAUGAAGGCACUUUCAGAUGUAGAAUUGGAUGACAAGCAGUUGAAAGAGACUGUAGUAUUGUACUUUAUGACUAAAUUUUCAAAAUUGUCUGAGGAUGAGUUGUCCAGCAUAAAGAAUCAACUCCUACAGGGUUUUUCCCCUGAUGAUGCAUAUCCAUCAGGACCUCCAUUGUUCAUGGAGACACCAAGGCCAUUUUCCCCACUUGCUCAGAUUGAGUUCCCAAAUUUUGAUGAGAUAAUGGCUUUAGAUGAUUUUGUGGAAGAAGAGACUGGGCCUGAACCCAGUGGCAGUCAGUCAGAUGGCAAAACAUCACUAUCAACCAAUUACCCUGAUGUUCUAAGUGUUAAUCAACUCUUGGAAUCGGUUUUGGAAACUGCACGACAAGUCGCAAGUUUCUCCACUUCUUCAACUCCUUUACCCUAUGACCAAAUGACGGACCAAUGCGAGGCACUUGUAACUGGGAAACAAGAGAAGAUGUCAAUCAUUCACAGUUUUAAGCAUCAACAGGAGACUCAGGCCAUAAUUCUUUCAAGUGAUAGUGAAGUAAAAGAUUUCCCUCUACCUCCUAAGGGUAUAGAAUAUUCAAAUGGUGAUUUGAAGUUAGUGACUCAUGAGCAAUUUCAAGGGCAGGAUCAAGUCCCUCUCCGUUCACACGACUCUGUGCAGCAACAUUCCUUGAGACUACCACCUUCGAGCCCCUAUGAUAAAUUCUUGAAAGCUGCGGGAUGCUAAUGACACUAGACUGCAAUAGAUGCCAUUUUUUCAUUCUUUGCAAUUAUGGUAAAAUGUUUCUUUUGACGGGGUUUCUACAAUUCAUGCCCAAAGUACGUGAAAUGUGCAGCGGAGUAUAUUUUUUUGUUAUUUUGCAGGUGGAGGGGGAUAGUUCUUCUUUUCCCCAAAUGUAUGAUUUUGUCUAUAAAUUAUAUUCAUGUUUGUCAAUAUUUAAAGGUUUUACUUUAUUUUAUUUAUGUGAAUAAAAUGUUUUGUUGAUACUUUCGUUU